CAUUCAUUCUCUUCUCCGCUGUCAUGGUUGCUCCGUCUUUUCCCAUUCACAGUCUUCCAACAAAACCUUUGAAAAUAGUUCUUCAAUCUUUCACGCACUGUAGUAUAAUACCGUAUUCAUUCAUUUCCAAUAAAGCCAAAAAUCUGGUCAAAACGUCUGGCAGACUAUUUCAGGCAAAAAUUUUGGACAUUGAGAUUUCCAACCGUUUGGUGGUGAUUAUAGCCUUACAUGGCGAAUCUUUUAACUGUCGUAUUCCUCUCAAUGGUUUAAACAAUCCUCAACAAGUUCGAAUUUGGCAUCACAGCCUUAGAAAAAAGUUUUAUCUAAAUGGUUAUUCCGUGCGAAGUUUUAUUGAUCAUUUUAUGCAAGCUACUAACGGAAGACAAAUUGAACGCAUACACUUCCUUUGCGAUUUGGAUUUAUUAGAUGAUCGAUUUUUGAGAGACCAUUUAAGUGGAUUUUCAUAUCAUAAAGUAAUAAUUGACUUCCAAGGAAGAUCAGUUUCACCAGAGCAUCUGAAAUAUCUAGCACCAUUUUUACAAAGUGAGCAGUUAGAUUUAAGGAGAGCUACAUUUGAUGCACCAACUACUCGUUGUAUUUUGGCUCCGAAUUGGGAUAAAAUAUAUCUUAGAAGCUCAAACGAUUUAAACGAGUUACUACUUAAUAAUGGUUCUGAUAUCCAAGUCCAACGAAGCAUGCUCUCAAAUACCGAUAUCAACAUAUUUCUGAAAAACUGGAGAAACGGAUCAAAUCCUAGACUUGAAUUUGUACAGAUAUGGUUUUCAAUCGAACGAGAUCUCGAUCGCAGUGUAAUUUUGAAAGAAAUUGAGUGUCAUCCUGUAUCAAAUGAUGAAUUGGCCCGUCGUCGAGAGUUGCCAUUCCUUGCACAAAUUGCUAUUCGAAAACCUGAUGGAACAAUGGCUGCAAUCAAAUUCCAUAGAUCACAAUUUCAAAUGGUUGUGUUUGGAUAUUACCCUCUAUAAUUUUAUCGUUUAAUUGAAUGAAGUCAAUGAUAAACCU